UCUCUUUGAUCAAAAAAAAGAAAAAAACUCUAAACCUCUCUGUGUCGCCGUCGUCGCUACGGAAUCGUUCAGAACUUAAAUUUGAGCUAGAGAAAGAGAGAGAUUAGUGAGUAAUGGCCAUUGACGAAGGGAAGCUUCAAGAAGAAGAAGAAGCAUCAUCUGUUACUCGUUUCCAUAAGAUAAUAUUGGGUUGGGACUAUAAACAGCUUGCAAAAGAGAAUGAGAGAAAAAACAGGAAGGAUUCUAAAGGGAAGUUGAGUGUUGUUAAGAGUACUUAUAAAGAUGCUGAUGAUUACUUUGAGACCUAUGAGCCUUUGCUCUUUGAGGAAGUCAAAGCUCAAAUCUUGCAGAAUCAAGAUGCUGAAGAAGCAUCGGUGUGUAAGAUGAGAUUGGUAAUGGAGUGCAGCGAGGCAGAUGGGUUUCACAUUCUGCUAGUCACUUACGAACACGAGGAAGAAGAGUAUCUUGCUCCAAAUGAUCUUUUAUUGCUAUCUAUUGAAGAGGUUAAAGGGAGUUCGUUUCCUUCAUCUUAUGGGUUUGCUGUAGUGGAAAACCGUCAAAAUAAUCUUCUUCGUCUUCGGAUGUAUCUAGCUGAAGAAGUAGUGCAGAUUACCAAAAAUACUAAAUACUCUAGAACAGAGCCAUUUAUACAAUCUCUCUCAAAUAUGCGUUCUCUUAUUACAUCAUCCGCAAGCCUUUUAGACAAAAGGGUGUUCAGUUUAAAGUUAUGUAGUUUGUCAACCAUUAUUCGGGAAUAUAUAGCACUACGAUCAAUCAGUUCGCUUCCUUUCAAGGAUUUGAUCUUCACUGCAACAGAGAAGUCUUGUGGUUCUGGAGAUGACGCCUGGAAAAUAUCUGCACCUCUUCAUGAAUUCUUUACCGAGAAUCUUAAUAAAUCUCAAAAGGAGGCAAUUGAUGUUGGUCUAUCAAGAAGAUCCUUUGUCUUGAUACAGGGUCCUCCAGGAACUGGGAAAACUCAAACAAUUCUCAGCAUUCUUGGUGCCAUUAUGCAUGCCACUCCAGCACGAGUUCAAUCUAAGGAGCGUGGACUAAAGCGUCGAUUUCAGAUGACCAUUGAGGAGAAAGACAAUCACUGGGCACAAGCUUCUCCUUGGAUGUUGAAUGUCAACCCACGAGAUGCUAUCAUGCCUGAAGAUGGUGAUGAUGGUUUUUUCCCGACCUCAGGAAAUGAUAUGAAACCGGAGGUGGUUGAUUCUAACCGGAAGUAUAGGAAACGUGUACUUGUCUGCGCUCCAUCAAACUCUGCACUUGAUGAGAUUGUUCUGCGUCUUCUCACUACGGGUCUUCGUGACGAAAACGCACAGACGUACACACCCAAAAUCGUACGGAUUGGUGUCAGGGCACAUCACUCCGUCAUGUCAGUAUCGCUGGAUCACCUCGUGGCACAAAAGCGUGGCUCAGCGAUUGAUAAACAAAAACAAGGAAACACAGGAAGUGAUGUAGAUAGCAUCCGGACUUCAAUUUUGGACGAGGCUGCAAUUGUGUUUGCUACUCUUAGCUUCAGUGGGUCACCACUUCUGGCUAAAUCAAACCGUGGUUUCGACGUCGUUAUCAUAGAUGAAGCUGCACAAGCUGUUGAGCCGGCAACUCUUAUCCCCUUGGCCACUAAGUGCAAACAAGUAUUUCUGGUUGGUGAUCCAAAACAACUCCCCGCUACUGUAAUUUCAACUGUUGCUCAAGAUUGUGGCUACGGUACAAGCAUGUUCGAGAGACUUCAAAAGGCUGGCUAUCCAGUGAACAUGUUGAAAACCCAAUACCGAAUGCAUCCAGAGAUAAGGAGCUUUCCAUCAAAGGAAUUCUAUGGAGAGGCACUGGAAGAUGGAGCUGACAUUGAAGCACAGACGACUCGUGACUGGCAUAAAUACCGUUGCUUUGGUCCGUUUUGCUUUUUUGAUAUACACGAAGGGAGAGAGUCACAACAUCCAGGAGCUACUGGCUCCCGGGUUAAUCUGGACGAGGUGGAGUUUGUUCUUCUCAUGUACCACAGACUUGUUACAAUGUACCCAGAGCUCAAGUCAAGCUCGCAGAUAGCUAUUAUAUCGCCUUAUAACUACCAAGUGAAAACUCUCAAAGAUCGGUUCAAGGAGAUGUUUGGUUCAGAGUCGGACAAACUGGUUGAUAUCAACACUGUCGAUGGGUUCCAGGGAAGGGAGAAGGAUGUUGCAAUAUUUUCAUGUGUUAGAGCUAACGAUAAAGGAGAAAUUGGGUUUCUAUCUAACUCUCAUAGGAUGAACGUGGGGAUUACUCGAGCUAAAUCUUCUGUUUUGGUUGUUGGUUCAGCUGCAACAUUAAAGAGUGAUCCACUCUGGAAAAACCUUGUAGAAAGUGCUGAGAAGAGAAACCGAUUCUUCAAGGUAUCGAGGCCAAUGAAUGAUUUCUUCAGCGAGGAGAAUCUGGAGACGAUGAAAGUGUGGGAGAAAGAUAUGGAGAUUCCUGAUGCACUAGGGUUUGAAGAUGAAGCUCCUCCACUUGCAGCAAACUACGUUGGAAAUUAUGAUAACGACUUUGGAGAUGGUGGUGGUGAUGAAGAUGAUGCAGCCUUGGCUGAAGAAGACUAAACCCUUUAGUGAUUUUGAUCAAUUAGGCUUUUAUUAAUUAAUCUAAUCUAAUAUGUAUCCAUCCAUUACUAAGAAAAGUUUAUAUAUGGACAUAGAGAAUAUUCUUAUUUUAUAAACAUCUCUAAAUUUGAGAUUAUAUUUGUUUUA